AUGGAACAAAAAAAACAUCUAAAGCUUCCUUCAGUAGAUAUCAAAGAAUUUCACUACAAACCCAAAGCUGACAUUUUGUGCAAUAGGCUUUUAACCCCUCAGAUCCCGACCCAUGUAGAUUUUAGUGAAUAUUGCACUAAUAACAGAAGAGGAUCAUUAAACCAAAAACUCCCAAGUCUAGAAAAAAGUAGCUUUGGAUUCGGCUCUAAUUCUCCGCCAACACCAUUUACGACAGUUAAUAUCGCAAGAAUUGAUUUAUCGUCACGUUUUAGAGUCAGACAGCCAGUAAUCCCAGACACAAAAAAUCAUGAAACUCGUGUAAAAACAAGCAUAUCUGCUUUACAUAGAGAAGAUGAGCCUAAAGAAACCAUUACUACCGAUACAGUAAACACAGAAAAUAUUGCUGAAAGCGGUGGAAAUCAACCUCAAGAAAAACCACAAACAGCUUCCAGAAAUUUUCAGCGAUUUAAGUAUAACAGACAUCAGAAAGGCUGCGAAUUGAAGGCUACUUUAAGCGAGUAUACACUAUGCCAAACAAAUAGCGAAGAUACUGGUAUCCUCGAUAUAUAA